AUGGAGAGAAAGAAAUAUCAAGAUGAGAAACAGCAAGUUUCUUUCGAGAAAAUGAUCAAAUGUUCUUGUCCUAAUAGUACGAGAUUUGCCAAAGAAAAAUGUCGAGAAAUAGACGUGGAUUAUGUCGUACAUAAACUGCACGAACUUAUAUCCAAUCCAGUCACUAAAGAUGACGUAUCACGAAUCUCUAGACUGUUGUAUGAUUAUCAGGAACAACUUUGCGAUCGGGCUUACAUGGUAAAACACUUACCAAUGGUGAUAAAAAUAAUAGAAUUUUUAAAAACGAACGCAAAGCACGUAGAAGAUUAUCGUUUGCAUCUCGAUCAGAUGUUGGAGUUUUCUAAGCGGCCACCCCUAUUGGAAAAAUUCUCUCAGAACAUUACUUGCUCGGACAUAAUGGAACAAUAUUUCACAUUCUUUGGCUAUCUGCUAAUCUUACGUAGCAAGCAAGAGCUCCUUAAAGUGCACGAAGCCCUGCGUUCUUUAUUAAUCAGGACUGUGCCAGCUGAUCCUUCCGCCGUGAAGUCCGAGAUUUGUCGUGCUGCUAUGGAAAAAUCGAAUCUGUGCUUUACGGUGAUCGGGAUAUUAAAUACUUCCUCCACGGAAGAAUACCCUAUGAUGUUGGAAUUGAUCUUCCUACUUUCGUCUAUUUCCUAUGUCUGCUGUCACAAAAUGUUGGAAGCUGGUAUUCUUGACACCCUGCUAAUUAGAAUGGACCUCGUUUACGCGACUCAAGUGUUUUGUAAACCACCACCGAACGAGCUCGUAAAAGGAGACGAGUACUCGGAUGAUACCAUGUCUUUGAUAAUGAAUAUCUUAUGGACCCUUAUGAGAUCUAUUUUACCUUCCAAAAAAGUACCAGUUUCUUUCAAGGACUUUGGUACUCCGAUGCUUUGUGCUAUGUGGUAUUCCACUUCUUUCUUUAUUCUUUUUUGAUACACCGACACGAAAAUAUUGCAAGUAAAAUUUCUUUUUCAACUUCAGGGGUAUUCGUUACGCAUUCAAGAAACAAAUAUACAAAGGUCAGAAUUGUACAUUCAAUGCGAAACUUCGAAACGAAAUGGCAUUGCUCGUCCUUCUCAUACUUCAACUUUUUCCACCUUAUAUCAUUGUUAGCAGUGGUAUAUGCAACGACGUCCUAUCUCUUUUAAAUGACUGUCUCUCUGGUACAAUUCAUAUCUGGUCAAAGAAAAUCAAAUUCCUUCCUAGCAAAGAGAAUCUCGUUUUCUUGAAAACACUUUUAUUAAUCGUGUCUGAUCUUGCUAAGUUCAAAGCCUCUAUCCACGUAGAUAACUUUUUUCAUUAUAAUCGUAAAAAUUUACAGGGAAUCAUUUUGAAUAAAUCAUUUCUCCAGAUCAUGAUCGAACUGAACAUCUUAUCACCAAUACUUGGCUUCAUUGAUUUGAACUCGCAGUCUGUUUGGAGUCCACCUCAAUUCUGGCAUCUUUUCGAGCAUGCAAUAUUUACUUUGAUCGUACUUGCACCGAAACUACCCCGGGAAUUUAUUAAAUACGAUGGAACCGAAAAGUAACUUUAACCUUGCUUCUUAAUUUCGAGUUUCUACGAACUAACUUUGAAAGCCAUUGACAUUGUAGAUUGAUGUCCAUUUUGCAAUGUUGUUGCUCGGACGAAUUUGAUUUGAAAUUUACAAUGAUUUCUAUCAAGGCAGUAUGUUCCAUCGUUCUUUCUAAAAACCCUAUCUUGUUAAACAAUUUUCGCGAACGAGAAAUAAU